ACAUUUCAGCCAAAAUCCAUCAUGGCGGCGCACAUCAGAAGAUGUUUGCCGAGAAUUGCUCGUUUAUCGUCUUUAUUUAAUGUAAUUGUCCAUCGGCAGGUAAGCACAAGUAGCAUCCUUGCCAUUGACAAUCUCCGGAGCACUGAGCAGUCAUGGGUCAAGAAGAUCUUAAAAGGGAGUGGUCCGAGCCAAGACGUGGAAGAUGAGCUCAUGGAGGAAGAGAUCGUUGAGAUUGAGCCUCAGUACAUGGACAUCAUUCACACGCCGAAAGCUACAUUCAUCGACAGACCCAAAACCCGUAAGAGAGUGUAUAACCCACCUGAGGAUUUGAUGGAGAAAUUACAAGCUGUCACUCUGGAGGUCCUUCCAGACAAAGCCGAGGGUGACUGGACGGAAGUAGACCUAAAAGACAAUCUCAUCAAAUAUCAGAUCUUAUCAAAAUGUCAUACAGUCUUCAAACACGACGUCCCAAGUUUCCUCCUGAGCAAGAUGCGCACCAUGGACGACGUGGUGGCAUUCUACCAGACGGAGGUGAAAGACACGACGGUUUUCAGCGACAUGAGCAACGUGGAACUCCCUCCCAAUCUCAAGAUUCAUUGGGAUUACAAAGAUGAUUCUGUCUUAGAGCUUUAUCAAGAACAUUUAGAUUACGUCAAACCGAGAGAGAGGCAGAGACCACCGGAGUGGAAGUUUAAACCAUCAUCGGGCACCUAGAUUUAAUUGCAGAAGAAAAAAAAUUGCAUCUAUCAUAGAAUAACGGUGUAUUCCAUUGGGUGGAAUAACUUUGGACACCACUCACCCAUUGGGUCAGUGGUGUAUUCCUGGGAUGUCUCUAGCAAUUUUGUUAGUGCCGGUGUGGCAGGGAAUUCCCUUCCCCUGAGAUUCUGUCCCCCAUAUGGGAAAUUCACAAGGGCUGGAGGAGUUUGUACAUAGUUCGCCAUAUGGGGGCACAGAAUCUUAUGCCACACCGGCUAAUUUUCUGAUCAUCGAUGUGGCAAACAUCAUGUAAUUAACACAUCGAGUUUACAUGGUUAAAUCUCCCUUUUUUCAGAAAUAGUUGGGCUUUUAUAUUAUUAUCAGAUUUCAUGUGUGGAAAGCACCCUAUCAUAUGGACAAAUAAAACAACAAACUUAAUUUCUUUACUUGA